AUGCUGAAGCCGGGCGAGCCCAGCGGUUCUGCUUUCCUCAAAGUGGACCCGACCUACAUCCAGCACUGGCAGCAGCUCUUCCCGCAGAACCCGCUGAAAACAGCCGCUUUGACGCCGGUACCGGUGGAGAACCUCCGCCAGAGAGCCCACCUGAUCUCGUCCACUUCUUCAUCCUCGAGUUCUUCCACCACCCCGUCCUCCGUGUCCUCUAUAGCGGGUCUGAGUCAGCUCGUGGUCCCGCAGAUCUCGCUGUUCGGACAGACUCUGAGUUCCGACAGCAGCAGCAGCUCGUCUCAACCCAAAGAACUUUGUUUGUCGUCAAACUUUAAGAAUGAUAAAGGGUCUCGGUUGAAGCUGAGCUCCGAGGAGCUGGACUACUAUCUGUACGGACAGCAGCGGAUGGAGAUCAUCCCUCUCAACAACCACAACGGAGAAACCAAUAACCGCUGUGACAUGUGUGCGGACAACCGUAACGGCGAGUGCCCCAUGCACGGCCCCCUGCACUCGCUGCGGAGGCUGGUGGGGACCAGCAGCACUUCAGUUGCCGUGGCACCGCCAGAGGUCCCGGAGUGGUUGAGGGAUUUGCCCCGUGAGGUGUGUCUGUGCACCAGCACCGUCCCGGGCCUUGGCUACGGCAUCUGUGCGGCCCAGCGCAUCCCUCAGGGCACCUGGAUCGGGCCCUUCCAAGGCGUCCCCCUGCCGCUGGAUAAAGUGCGGUCGGGAUCCGUGCGGAACACACGACACUUGUGGGAGAUUUAUGAUCAGGAGGGCACGUUACAGCACUUUAUUGAUGGUAAUGAACCCAGUAAAUCCAGCUGGAUGAGAUACGUCCGAUGUGCCAGACACUGUGGAGAGCAGAACAUGAUGGUGGUGCAGUACAGAUCAUGUAUAUUCUACCGGGCGUGUUCUGAUAUUCCUCGCGGAUCUGAACUGCUGGUUUGGUAUAACGACAGUUACACGUCUUUCUUCGGGAUCCCGCUGCAGUGCGUCGCACAAGACGAAAACUUGAACGUGCCGUCUACUGUAAUGGAGGCGAUGAGCUGUCAGGAAACUCUUCACCCCUUCAGUAAGAGUCCCAAAUCCUCCUCGCUGGUUCUGCCACGUUCAAUGGUGUUCCCUCAGUCGUCCUGCUCACGGAGCUUCUCCCUCCUGGACAAGAGCAUCCACAACGAGUCCGGCUUAAACCAGAUGAGCUCCAAAAACCAGCGCGUGCUGGCGAGCCCCACGUCCACCAGUCAGCUGAGUUCAGAGUUCAGCGACUGGCAUCUGUGGAAAUGCGGCCAGUGCUUCAAAACCUUCACGCAACGCAUUCUACUGCAGAUGCACGUGUGCACGCAGAACCCUGACAGACCGUAUCAGUGUGGACACUGUUCUCAGUCGUUCUCUCAGCCGUCGGAGCUGCGGAAUCACGUGGUGACCCACUCCAGCGACCGGCCCUUCAAGUGCGGCUACUGCGGCCGAGCCUUCGCCGGCGCCACGACCCUAAACAACCACAUCCGCACGCACACGGGGGAGAAGCCUUUCAAGUGUGAGAGAUGCGACCGCAGCUUCACGCAGGCGACGCAGCUGAGCAGACACCAGCGGAUGCCCAACGAGUGCAAAGCCAUCAACGAGAGCAGCGAAUCAAUCGAGGUGGAUUAACGGAUUGAGCGGCGAGGGAGAAUCAUGAUUAAACGUCACGGACACUUAAGCAAAACCAAAGAUUUCCUGAGAGAAACUCCCAAUCAAACGCAGAAAACCAAAAGCAGUAAUAAGUGAGAUGUGAAGAGAUAUCGACGCUGGC